AACAGAACAUUUAUCCCAAAUCCAACAAUAUAAGUACCUCGUCCUUCCCCUGUCUUUCUUCACCACACCUUUCUCUCUUCUUUUUUUCAAACAUUUUAUCUCAAAACAAAAAACAAAAACAAAAAAAUCAUGAACAAAAUAAAACAAUCCCUCACCAGAAUCUCAAAUUCCAACAAGAAAAAGCUCUUCUUUUCCCUCUUCACAGCCCUUCUCAUUACAGCUUCAAUUAUAGCCAUUUCAGCAUCAGUAACAUCUUCACAAAAAACCAAAACCAAAAACAACAUUGUUUCUUCUUCUCUUUCACUCUCUCACCAUUCUCACACAAUAAUCAAAACCGCUUGCACAACUACACUUUACCCUGAUCUCUGUUUCUCUGCCAUUUCAUCUGAACCAAACAUAACACACAAAAUCAACAACCAUAAAGAUGUUAUUUCUCUCUCUCUUAACAUCACUACAAGAGCUGUUGAACACAAUUUCUUCACAGUUGAGAAUCUCCUGAGACGAAAAAAUCUCUCUGAAAGAGAGAAAAUCGCUCUUCACGAUUGUUUGGAAACUAUAGAUGAUACAUUAGAUGAGCUUAAAGAAGCUCAGAGAGAUCUUUUGUUGUACCCGAAUAAAAAGACACUUUAUCAACAUGCUGAUGAUCUUAAAACACUCAUUAGCGCCGCCAUAACUAACCAGGUAACUUGCUUGGAUGGAUUCUCACACGACGGCGCCGAUAAGCAAGUAAGGAAGGUUCUAGAACAAGGACAAGUCCACGUGGAACACAUGUGUAGCAAUGCAUUGACCAUGACUAAGAACAUGACAGACAAAGACAUAGCAAAAUUCGAAGAAAACAACAACAAAAAGAAUAGGAAAUUAUUGGAAGAAGAAAAUGGUGUGAACUGGCCGGAGUGGAUUUCGGCCGGUGACAGGAGAUUACUUCAAGGUGCGGCGGUGAAGGCGGAUGUGGUCGUGGCGGCGGACGGAAGUGGGAAUUUUAAGACGGUGUCGGAGGCGGUGGCGAGUGCUCCUUUGAAGAGUAGUAAGAGAUAUGUUAUAAAGAUAAAAGCAGGGGUGUAUAAAGAAAAUGUGGAGGUGCCAAAGAAAAAGAGUAAUAUAAUGUUUUUGGGAGAUGGUAAAAAGAAUACUAUUAUCACUGCUAGUAGAAAUGUUGUUGAUGGAAGCACCACUUUUCACUCUGCUACUGUUGCCGUAGUGGGAGGAAAUUUUUUGGCACGAGACAUAACAUUUCAAAAUACAGCGGGUCCCUCAAAGCACCAAGCAGUGGCACUAAGAGUUGGUGGUGACCUAUCAGCUUUCUACAACUGUGACAUAAUAGCAUACCAAGAUACACUUUAUGUUCACAACAAUCGUCAAUUCUUUGUCAAUUGUUUCAUUUCAGGAACAGUUGAUUUCAUUUUUGGUAACUCAGCUGUUGUGUUCCAAAAUUGUGACAUUCAUGCUAGGAAACCUGAUUCAGGUCAAAAAAACAUGGUCACUGCACAAGGUAGGGUUGAUCCUAAUCAAAACACUGGAAUUGUUAUACAAAAAUGUAGGAUUGGUGCUACUAAGGAUUUGGAAGGGUUAAAGGGUACUUUCCCUCUAUAUUUAGGGAGGCCAUGGAAGCAAUAUUCUAGAACAGUGAUUAUGCAAAGUAGUAUUAGUGAUGUUAUUGACCCUAUUGGGUGGCAUGAGUGGAAUGGUAAUUUUGCUUUGAAUACUUUGGUUUAUAGAGAAUAUCAAAAUACUGGGCCUGGUGCUGGAACUUCUAAGAGGGUUAAUUGGAAAGGGUUUAAGGUUAUUACUAGUGCUUCUGAGGCCCAAACUUUUACUCCUGGAAAUUUUAUUGGUGGCUCUACUUGGUUGGGCUCUACUGGCUUUCCUUUCUCUCUUGGCCUUUAAAUUGGGCUUUCAUUUUAAGCCCUUUUUUUCUUUUCAUUUUUAAUUAAUUGUCAUAUAUAUUAAGUGGGAGAGAGUAACAUAUUUAUUAACCCAAUAAAAAUAUAUAUUUAGAGAGAGAGGAGAAAAUAGAAAUUGAGACACACAUAUCAUUGCUCAAGAUGAAGUUUGAUUUUUGUCUUUGAUUUGUAUUGGUUGGAUUUUGGUGAAAUGCCAUGCUCUAUUUGUGGCUUUA